AUGCAACAAGUGAAACGACUGGGGUCAAUUUGGCCAGAUUCCACUCCGGUUGUCGUUGAAGCAGCCAGUAACUGGUCUGGAAGAGCUUGGUGGGUGAGCCGAGACUUCCAAGCCGUGAUUGGCACAGUCAUGGCAAGUCGCAUUGAUUCCCCAUCCAAUUUUGUCAACCCCAUUGCAAUAAUGUGUGUGAAGAGUCAUGGAUGA